GUGGAUCUUAGGGGCUAUGAUGGAACAGACAUCCUGUUACCUCUCAGGGACAACCCUGCAUUGCUCCUGGGACAGGUGAAAGCUGAGAACCACAUCACCUGGGAAGAGCCACCACGCAGGAAACCACGUUGUACCAACAGUCAGAAAGCUCCUCACACUAAGCCAGUCCAGAGGCUAUUCUACAUGACUGAGAUGAUGACCGGGACCCUCCCCUCCAUCUCUGCAGAGGAAGCUUUGCAGCCCAGGAAGGUCCCUCAGCACUCCCGUGUCAGUCUGGAUGACCUGUGGCUGGAGAAGAUGCAGAGAAGGGAGCUGGAGAAGCAGGCACAGGUUGAAGGGAAGUCACACACAGGGAUGGCACAUGUGGACCAAGUCCAGAUCCUGAAGAAGACAAGUGCCUCUCCAGAGUCUCUACAUCUCCCUGGAAGAAGCCUUCUGCUUUCCCAGAGUGCCCCGACAGGACUAAACCACACAGGUUGGCCAGAACACACACCUGACACUGGGAUGCCUGAUGGAGCUCUGGACACAGCCAUCCGCUCUGAGGAAGUGGGCAGUGAGGAGGACCUGUAUGAGGACCUGCAUGGCUCCAGCCACCACUACAGCCACCCUGGAGGGGGCGGUGAGCAGCUGGCCAUCAAUGAG